GGCGUGGAAAUUAUGUCGUGAACUAAGCUGCAGAGGAAAGAUAGAAAUUUAAAAUGUCCUCAGUUAAUUCAAACAUAGGUACUAAAGAUAAUCAUCUUUUUCUCCCUAUAGAUAGUUUUCAGUUCCAGACAGAACUGUCCAGAAGUCGGGAGGCCUUCACAAGUGCACCCUGCAGGUCAGAGGAAGAGUUCCUGGAUCGAGUGAGCAGGAAGCUGGCUCAGGCCAGCCCCGAAAAUGACCUGCUGACCACGAAGCCCUGUCGCUGUGAGGAAAUCCUGAAGUUAGUGCUCUCGCCCCUCAUCCAGCACUGCCUGGUCAUCGGAGAAAACACCUGUGCGUUUUAUUACCUGCUGGAGGCUGCCUCCGCCUCCUUGGACCUGUCAGAUAACUACAUGGCCUUCUUUUAUUUGAGGAAGGCAAGCAGUCUUCGGGGCCAGCCCUCUGCAUUCUCAUUUUUGAAAAGGCACAAGGUGAAGAUCUGUCAGUUUGAGGAGGCCACUUUCUGCCGUCUUCGGUCAGAGGUCUGUUUCAACAUGGGACAGAUCACCUUGGCCAAAAAACUGGCUAGGCAAGCUCUCCGACUGCUGAAAAAGAAUUUCCCUUGGACCUGGUUUGGUGUCCUUUUCCAAACAUUCCUGGAAAAAUACUGGCAUCCCCGUUCCCUGAGCCAACCUGCAGACAACCCUCGUGAGAAUAAGAAGAAGUUGGCAGUCCUGCAGCAGCAGGUGCAGUGCCUCUCCCUCCUCUGGCAGCUCUAUAACCUGGAGGCCACAGCCAGCAGCCACAGGUUUGCCUGCCUGGCCACGCUGAUGCAGAAGAAUUCAGCUGAGGAGUUUGCCAAUGAAGCCCAGGUUGUCUCUACCUAUGUGGCCCUCUCCCAGUUCUCCCAGAAUGUGGGUGACACGGAGAAGUGGCUGCACUGUGAACAAAUGGCCAUUCAGAAAAGCAGCCUGUGUUGGUUCUCCAGAGAGGGGUUGUUGGCCACCGCGCAGCUCAUGCAGACCUUGGCCUACACCAAGCUCUGUCUCGGCCACCUUGACGUCUCCAUCAAGCUGGGUUUUCAAGCUCAUGAGAUAUGCGGGCACCUCCGGAAGCCAGCUCUGCAGAAUCUGGUUCUCUCAGUUCUCUUUAGAUCUGCAUUUCUCAAGAAGAAGUAUUAAGAUCAUUUUUUUUUUCAUCUCUAUUCAUUGCUUAAGCGGGGAGGGUCUGAUCUCCCAUAGGCGAUGAGAUGAGAAGAGACAGCUGUUCAUUCCCACAGCUGUCUCUUCUCCUGUUACUACAGGAAGCACUGUCUUAGGUGUGGGGGUUAGCAGUGAGAAGCGCAGUCUGAGCUCCUUUUUUUAAAUAAAUUUUUUUCUUCAUUUUAU